AUGGAAAAAUGGUGGUUCAAUUCGAUAUUGUCUAACAAGGAGUUAGAACACAGAUGUGGGCUAAGUAAAUCAAUGGACAGGCUUGGUGCUAUUGGAAAUACCAGCGGAAGUGAAGACCCCGUUCUAAAUGAUAUAGAUAAAAACAUUCCUAGUUGGAAUGAUAAUGACAGUUCUAGUUGCAGUAAUGUUGAUCAUUUAUUUGAUGUCAGGGAUAUUCGGAGUUUUAUCUCCGAUGACACUUUUUUAGUUCGGGAUAGUAAUGGGAACAGUUAUUCUAUAUAUUUGGAUAUUGAAAAUGAGAUUUUUGAGAUUGACAAUGAUCGUUCUUUUCUGAGUGAACUAGAAAGUUCUUUUUCUAGUUAUCGAAAUUAUAAUUAUCUGAAUAAUAGGUCUAAGAGUGACAGUAACGAUCAAUAUUACGAUCGUAUCAUCUAUGAUACUAAAUAUAGUUGGAAUAAUCACAUUAAUAGUUGCAUUGAAAAUUAUCUUCAUUCUGAAAUCAGUAUUGAUAGUUAUAGCUCCAUUUCAAGUGGUAGCGACAAUUACAGUGACAGUUACAUUUAUAGUUAUAUUUGUAGUGAAAAUGGGAGUUCUAGUAUAAGAACUAGCACGAAUGACAGUGAUUUCAAUAUAACAGAAGAAUAUGAUGAUGAUGAUCUCGAUCUAAAUCAAAAAUACAGGCAUUUGUGGGUUCAAUGUGAAAAUUGUUAUGGAUUAAAUUAUAAGAAAUUUUUUAAGGCAAAAAUGAAUAUUUGUGAACAAUGUGGAUAUCAUUUGAAAAUGAGUAGUUCAGAUAGAAUCGAACUUUCGAUUGAUCCGGAUACUUGGGAUCCUAUGGAUGAAGACAUGGUCUCUAUAGACCCCAUUGAAUUUGAUUCGGAGGAGGAACCUUAUCAAGAGCGUAUCGAUUCUUAUCAACUAAAGACAGGGUUAACUGAGGCCGUUCAAACAGGCAUAGGUCAACUAAAUGGUAUUCCCAUAGCAAUUGGGGUUAUGGAUUUUCAGUUCAUGGGGGGUAGUAUGGGAUCCGUAGUAGGCGAGAAAAUCACCCGUUUGAUCGAGUAUGCUACUAAUAGAUCUCUACCUCUUAUUAUAGUGUGUGCUUCCGGAGGAGCACGCAUGCAAGAAGGGAGUUUGAGCUUGAUGCAAAUGGCUAAAAUAUCUUCUGCUUUAUAUGAUUAUCAAUCAAAUAAAAAGUUAUUCUAUGUCUCAAUCCUUACAUCUCCCACAACCGGUGGGGUGACAGCUAGUUUUGGUAUGUUAGGAGAUAUUAUUAUUGCCGAACCCGAUGCCUACAUUGCAUUUGCGGGUAAAAGAGUAAUUGAACAAACAUUGAAUAAGACAGUACCUGAUGGUUCACAAGCGGCUGAGUAUUCAUUCCAUAAGGGCUUAUUCGAUCCAAUCGUACCACGUAAUCUUUUAAAAAGUGUUCUGAGUGAGUUAUUUCAGCUCCAUGGUUUCUUUCCCUUGAAUCAAACUUCAAUCAAUCAAGUAGAGCAUUAA